AUGGACACUCCGGACCAACCCGCCAGCGUCAGUGACGAGACCAAGGUCUCCUCAGUUCCCGACAUAUCAUUAGAGAUGGACACUCCGGACAAACCCGUACACGACAGCGACAAGACCAAAGUCUCCCCAGUCACCGAGACGGCCUCUGACACGCGCCCCGUAAACGAACUCAACCAGAGCAAGAUCGAAUCCUUGACGAAGGAGCUUGAACGCUUGAAGAAGGAACGCGACGAUCUCAAGGCCAUGUGCGCCGCGCUGAGGACUCGGAUUGAAACCAAGAAGAAGGAAAUCGUUCCGACCUCGGUUGACUGGCGUAGCCUUUCUCGGGAAAUGGACGAUAGAAUGAGUGAGGCAGUGCAGCGGUGGAUUCUUCUGAGUGAAGAACAAUAA